CUUUCAUUUCUUUAAUUUUUUGAUUUUUCUGUCCCGAUAUACUUAUUUUUGAUUGGCAAUCAUGCAGCUCAUCUGGACUGUGAUUGCUUUUGUUGUAGCAACAGCAAAUCAUUUUGUAGACGGUGCAUCGUUGGAGUUGACAGGCGAUGACUUUAAGUCGACAACAAAAAAAGGCCUUUGGUUUGUCGAGCAUUUCUCUCCAUAUUGCCCUCAUUGCCAACAAUUUGCACCAACGUGGAAAAAACUCUCAGAUGAGUAUGCCGAUUUAGCAAACACCAAAGACUUUCACUUUGCCUCUGUAGACUGCUCUGUCCAAGGAGAUCUAUGCAAGGAAAACGACAUUAGAUUUUUCCCUACGAUUAAACUGUACAAGGAUGGAACUGAAUUGGAUACUUAUGCAGUACUACGCACUUGGGAAAAUCUAGUAGCUUACAUUGAAGAAAAAACCAAAGAAGACGAACCUGAACCUACUCCAGACGUGCCUAUUAUAAAGUCUAAUCCAGAAGGAAUAUCAGUGGAUCUAGAUGAGAGUAAUAUUGACAUACACCUGGGAAAUCCAGAUCGUCCAUGGUUUGUGAAGUUUUAUGCACCAUGGUGUAGUCACUGCCAAAGACUGGCUCCUACAUGGGUACAAAUGGCCAAAGAUUUAAAGGGUCAGGUAGAUGUAGGGGAAGUUAAUUGCAAUGAUCAUAGAGACUUGUGCACCAAAUAUGGAGUUUCUGGAUUUCCUACAUUGAAAAUGUUCGCUCAAGGAGAAAUUCACAAUUAUAUGGAAGACAGAUCUUUAUCAAGUCUUGUCGGGUUUGCAAAGAAGCUGGCAGGUUCCUCGGUCGUCGAAGUUACCUCUACACAAUUAGCAGAGAAAUUGAAGGAAGAAAAUGUUGCUUUGGUAUAUUUGUAUCAAAAAGAAACACAGGCAGCAGGAGGUCUGUGGAAGAAGGUAGCAGAGCAAUUUGCAGGAUCUCUGCCUUUUUAUAAGACUGACGAUAUCAAAGUUAUUGAGAAGUUCGGGCUUACUGUAUCAGACAUGCCAGCUGCUGUGAUUUUCAAAGAUGGCCAGGCAACAGUAUCACCAGUUCGUUCUUUUGAAGACACUGAUGCUGUUAAGGAAAUGCUUGUUGAAUGGAUUAAGAUGAACAGAUAUCCUCUCAUUACUCAUAUCACACCAGCCAAUGCACAAGAAAUCUUGCGUGGAGAACAUAUUGUAGUUUUGGGAGUUAUCCAUCCUGAUGACCAAGCUAGUAAAGCUGCCUUUGAGAAUACAGCCAAGAAGGUCACUUCCCAAGGAGGGAUGAAGACAGAGUCUAUCUUAUUUGCUGAACUAGAUGCUUCUACUUGGCGUGACUUUGCUUCAGAUACUUAUGGUGUCAACAAGGACGAGCAUCCAGCAUUGAUUAUUGUGGAUCCAAUGAACGAGGUCUACUUUUCGAGGGAUACCCAACAAGCAGCUUUGGAUAUCGACGAGCCAAUAUCACUUUUACGCACAUUGGAGGAUAUCUCAAGUCAAAAGCUGGUCGGAGUCUCACUAUUACCCUUACCAAGUGAAGCCAGCCGAAAAUUAGGUCAAAGCUAUCGUGCAAUUAGGUCGCACUGGUUUAUUACCUGCGCAACUUUUGGUGUGGUCGGUGCCUUGUUUUAUAAGGUUGUUUAUCGUAAAAAAGCACGCAGCAAUAUUUUGCCAUUUAGGCAACCAACUCAGCACAAGGACUGAUUUUAGGAAAGGUAGUUGAUGGAUAAAUAAAAAUAUAAAUUAUACACAUAAAUUAUAAAUAUAUAAUAUAUAUAUAUAUAUAUAUGUGUGUGUGUAUGUGUAUGUAUAUAUAUAUAUAUGUGUGUAUGUGUGUGUAAAUGAAACUAUAGUAUGUAAGCUCAAUUUGGAGCAAAUUUAUGAACUAUUGUUGUGGCUCGAGAAAUGGAGGCCGUGGGAGAUCAACAGUGCUGUGAGGUGAAGGUGUCGUGUAUUUAAUGCUUUUUGGGGACUGGCUAGGUUCAUUCAAAGACUUUGGCGAUUCGUCCUUUCUGCCUAGACUGGUAUCAAUGGGAGGCAAGACCGGCUUAUCAGACCCUGGAGAGAGUGUCAAUGGCUCUACAGACGCGCGUUCGGCAGUAUACUUGGCUUGGCGAAGUCGAAGUGUAGGCAAUUGCUGUUGUCUUGAGUGUGUACGAUGUUUGUAGAUUGUAGAUCUCUCGCUCGGUUCAAUGCAAGAUAAUCUUCGUGUUUUGGAGAAAGCUGAAUUACUACUGCUACUACCACUCCCUCUUUGGAUUUUUGCCUUGAGAGCUUCCAUAACCCUGUUGUGCGAGAGCUUUUGAUAUCGAUUAUAAGA